GUUACAUUCCGUAGUUAAUAGAGAAAAGAUAAAGGUCGGCAUUAGCACAAUGACGUUAUUUGUGAUGGAGCAAUAAUAGCAAGUGGUGUCAUUCAUGGGGUAUAAAAACCUUUACUCAGCAGCUGGAAAAGAACUUGUAGAGAAUUGCAGGCAAUAAGUGUGUCCACUUUGUCCAGUUUCCAAAAGUUUCCAAGCCACUUACCUCCAGAAAUGGUCGUUUAUAAAAUCUAUGUGACUACAGGUAAAGCAGCUUGUGGUGGGACCCACGACUCCAUCUCUAUUGUCCUCAUUGGAGAAGCUGGAGAAAGUGAGAAGCAUCAACUGGACAACAUGGGGAAGGAAUUCUGCCCUGGAACAGUGAAUAAGUUUAAGGUUCACUGUAAGAAGGAUCUAGGAAAGAUAUUGAUUGUGAGACUCUAUAAGGAACCAUAUCUGUUCUUCCAUGAGGACCCCUGGCUCUGCAACCAUCUAACUGUGAAGUGCCCCAAUGACCAGUGCUACCAGUUCCCUUAUUAUCAGUGGAUCUCAGACUAUGUCACUGUGGAAAUACCAGAAAGGACGGGUAUUAUAUUGGCCAAUGAUGUCCAUCCCAUUAUCAGGGAUCAGAGGAGAUCAGAGUUGGAGAAGAAGAAACAAACACACCAGUGGAAAACAGAUGCCCCCGGUACCCCCAGCCAUAUAAAUUUUGAGUCUGAUGAUGAUCUAUCGCCCAACGACAAAUUUUCCUUAACAAAGAGGACGAGCUUUGGCUUUCAUUUAAUUUCCAUAGGAUUUGAUAAUCUUCUAACAGGACUUUCCAAUUGCACCAGUUCCUGGAAUCAUUUUGAUGAUAUUAAGAGGCUCCUUCACUUUGAAAGGACACAUAACUCAGAUCUGGUCCCUCAUAUCUGGAAAGAGGACACAUUCUUUGGGUACCAGUAUUUAAAUGGAGUUAACCCAGUCAUGAUCCAGAAGUGCACCAAGAUACCUGGGAAUUUCCCAGUGAAUCACAACCUGGUGUCGGCGUCUCUAGGGAGUAAAAGGAAUCUAGAGAAAGAAUUGCAGAGUGGAAACAUCUUCCUGGCUGAUUAUAAGAUUCUGCACGGAAUUCCUGCCAAUGUGAUUAAUGAUAAGAAACAAUUUAUUGCUGCCCCUAUUUGCCUUCUGUGGAAAACCCCCCAGGAUAACAUUGUCCCCAUCGCCAUACAGCUAAAUCAAACCCCAGGGGAGGAGAACCCAAUCUUCUUGCCCACUGACCCCGAGUGGGACUGGACUUUGGCGAAGAUCUGGGUGCGAAACUCAGAGUUUCAGGUCCAUGAGGUUGUCUCUCACUUACUUCACACUCACCUCUUCGCUGAGAUCUUUAACAUCGCUACCACCCGGCACCUCCCAUUGGGCCACCCUGUGUAUAAGCUUCUUAUCCCACAUCUGCGUUUCACCCUGGAGAUCAAUGUCCAUGCCAGGAAAGACCUAGUUGGGCCUGAAGGACUUUUUGAUAAGGCUGUGGUCACGGGAAGUGGUGGUGUUCCUUUAUUAAUUGCAAAAGCCAUGAAGAGUCUGACCUACAGCACCCUGUGUCUCCCUGAUGAUAUUCAGACAAGAGGAGUCAAGUCCAUCCCCAAUUAUUUCUACAGAGAUGAUGGGAUGCUGGUCUGGCAGGCGGUGGAGAAUUUUGUGUCGGAUAUUGUUAAUUACUAUUACAAAAGUAAUAAUGAUGUUGCUAAUGACCCUGAACUCCAGGCUUGGGUGGCAGAGAUUUUCCAUGAAGGAUUUCUGUCCAACAGAUCCUCAGGAAUCCCAUCAUCCUUUGCAACCCGGGCAGAGCUAAUCAAAUACCUGACCAUGGUGAUCUACACGUGUUCCGCUCAGCACUCGGCUGUCAAUGGUGGCCAGUAUGACUUCUACUCUUGGAUGCCCAAUGGUCCCUCCACCAUGAGGAAACCACCGUCUACUGCUAAGGGCACUGCAACCCUCCAGAGUGUCCUGGAUACAUUACCGGCCAUAAACACAACUGUCACCGCCAUCGCCACCGUUAGACUCCUCAGUAUUGAGCCACUCGAUCGGCGCCCAUUGGGACAUUAUCCAGAUGAACAUUUUAUUGAGGACAAGCCAAAGAGGUCCAUUAAGGAUUUCAAGGAAAAGUUGGCUAGAAUUUCUCGAAUUAUCUCAGAUCGGAAAAGUAAAAAGAAACUGUGGUACCAGUACCUGAACCCUAAGAAUAUUGAGAACAGCAUUUCCAUUUAAUCUGGUCACCUGGGAAGGUAGAGGUGCUAAAUGUGUUGUUAUGGUUUAAACUUGGUAUUUUUGCUUUAGCCUCACUAGGAAUCUCUAAUUCUAUUACGCAAUGCAACCGCUUGGAUUUCCUGUAUUUUUUCCCAGGGACUGAGAUCUGAGUGCUCUGGGGGAACCCCUAUACAGACAUAGGCCCCCUUGUCCCCAAUGCUCCCCUGUGACCACUGUAGUACCUCUGUGCUCCACCUAGUACCCAGAUACAGAGCUCUGAUUGUACUGUUGUACUCACAUCUGUGCUACUCUCUUUCCCAAAGUCAGGCAGGAACUGCCCAUAAGCUCCUCCACUACUUACCCAGGUACAGUAUUCUGAUUACCUGUAUUUCCAGGCCAAGUAGAAUCCUUCUACUGCUUAAAUAAAUCUAACCCAUCCCCAAACAAUGUACAAAAUUCCUUCCUGACUAUGAGAGCAUCAGAUAAAUAAGAGCUCUGUGCCUGCAUAUCUACAGGGAUGGAGCACACAUUCAAUAAUCCAGGGGGUGAGAAUGCUAAUGGAGCUAAUGCAUGUGGGCCCAGUCUAAUUCUUGGACACAGUGAGAGUGCUGGAAACAUAGCUACAUAGUUGAAACAAGUUGAAAACGUCCAACAAGUUGAAUGCACACAUAUAUAAAUACAGGUAUAGGAUCCCUUAUCCGGAAACCCGAUAUCCAGAAAGCUCCGA